UCUUUACGUCGCUGGAUAAACAAGUGAUACGGCGAACUUGAUACGGGGACUUGAUACCCUAUAUUCAACGUUAACAACGGCCAUUAAUAUCAAACCGAAACAAGAAUAUAACUUCUUUCAGGACAAGGACUGUAAAAUGGCUGAAGGAGGUGGAACACAGUUAUUGAAAGAUGGUUCUGAUGCUGACUUUGAUCUCACAUGCACACCUUGUGGAGAAGACAAUAUAAGAGAAGAGGCUAUCAAAUAUUGUCCUGAAUGCCAGGAGUACCUAUGUAUCACUUGUAAUCAGCAUCAUGGCCGGCUAAAGGCUACAAAGAGGCAUGUAGUUGUUGAUAAGGAUGCUGCCAAUCAAUGGUUAGUUGUUGCCAAGGCCAAAUGCCAUUACCACCCAGAUCGUGUCAUUGAAAUGUACUGCAAAACACAUGAUAUGGUUUAUUGUGUUAUGUGCAUUGCUACAGAACAUAGAGUGUGUAAGGGCGUAAACAAAAUAGCGGAUGUGUCGAAAUCGUGUGUAAAUCAGACAGAGAUUCAACAAUUGUUAGACGAAACAAAGAAGGCAAAAGACGUCUUGAGUACCACGGUAAUUAAACAAAAUGAUAAUCUUACAAUCAUUGAUAAGCAGAGGGAGGUAAUCAAAGAAAAACUAGGUAGUACUGAAAUGAAGUUGAUAGAGCAAAUCCGUCAAAUAAAGAUAAGGACAGAAGAUUGUUUAAAUGAGAAGCAUGCCUCUUUGAAGGAAAAACUCAAUUUGAGCAUCGACCAAACUUCUUGCAAUAUAAAGGAGUUGAAAGAAAAUGAAGAACAGCUGCAAACGAUUGGAAACCUUGAUAUAGAGCAACAAUUUGUUCACAUGAAAUUGAUGAGGAAAGCUACUACAGACUCCUUUAAUUUACAAACAAGUAUUGAGUCUGAUGGUACAUUGUCCAUAUAUUACACAAAUGAUACAAAAUUGGAAAGUUUGGUCAUGUCAGCAAAUUCUUUAGGUCAGGUGAUGUCAGAAGAUGGGACCAAGAAAGUUUCUGAACCAAAACACUACAGAAUAAAGUCGAACAGAGAAAUCAAUGUGAACAUGUAUAACGAUGAAUCACAAUGUAACAUAGCAGAUAUUUGCCAACUCACUGAUGGGCAGAUUCUUGUUGCAGACUAUAUCAAUGUGAAAGUAAAACAACUUGAUACAAACUACAAAAUAACAAACUCCUGUGGCCUUGAUUCUUACCCUACCGGUAUAUGUUGUAUCAGUAGAAAUGAAGUAGCUGUAAAAAUGGUAACAGACAAAAUUCAGUUUAUAUCAACUGAAUCAUCAAAUCUUACUAAGACAAGAGUUAUUUCAAUAGAAAGUGGAAGUUAUUAUGGAAUGAUAUAUUUUGACAAGGAAAUAUGGGUUUCUAGAGAACAUGGCAUUGAUAUAUACAAUAUAACAGGAACACUUACAAAAAGGAUAGGUGAAGAUAAGUCACCCAAGACUAACUUUAAAUCAAUAUCUAUUCAAAAUAUGGCCGUUUCGGGUGACACGGUUAUUGUGACAGAUUACUCUGACGGUGCUGUGUGUUUGAAUAAGGAUGGUACAGUUUUGAGAGAACUUCGGGAUGGAAAGCUGGAUACAACUCGAGGUGUUUGUGUAGCUGAUGAUGGCACUGUCUUCUUGUGUGGGUAUGAUUCCAAUAAUAUUGUGAUGUUCAGUAAAGAUGGAAAAUGUCUUGGAGAGUUAAUUGCAGCAGAUCCUGGUUUGAAGAUGCCUAUUAAUAUGUUAUUUGACAAAGUAAACAACAACAUUAUUGUAACAUGUGACUGCAAUGACAAUAUUUAUAUCAUAGAACUGGAAUAAUAGUAUGUUUCAGUAUAAUCAAUCUCGUAUACUCAUUCUAUUUGAAUAAAUUCAUUUUCUUGUGGAAACUCUUGAUCACAAAAUAUCAAACCAUUGAUUAUAAAUAUAUAUUGGCAUAAUACAUGUGUAACUUGCUAACUAAUAUAUAAAUUUUACAUUUACAAUGUAUGCGAUUCAAAAUGGUGUUUGUAUCCUGCUGAAUUUGUGGGAUGCAUUUUGUAACAUUUCAUUCAAAAUUUAAGGAAUAUCAAGAUCAAAAUACAAAAAUUGAGCUACCAGCAGUAGAGUAGCAAAAAACCUGAUACUCUGGUCAAAGUGCAUGGAUGUUGACAAGUCAAAGCUAUGGUUUUAAAAGAUGGGGUUAAAAUAAUGAGUAUGAGAAGAGUCAUGU